UUGCUACAGAGAACCAGCGCUUCUAGUCAUUCAGUUCAAACUUCAAGCACGGCGAGGUUGACCGCAAGUCCUCACUUGGAACAAUUUACCGCCAAAUUUCUCAGAGACACGGUAAAUUUACAUCUGGAAACAUUGUUCAUACGGCCGAAAUGAAGCCAGGAAUUUUCAGAUUUCAUGAGCUGCUCGACGCAGAUCGCUUUUUAGGGAUGAAUCUCAGGACCCUCACACAUGUGCUCUACCUGUUUGGGUUUUACGGCAUGGUCUUGCUCGGGCUUGGAGGAGUCUUGAGCGGAUGGAGACUGUUUGACCCCAAAAACUCUUUUUGGGACAUUGGAGGUUGUUUCUUUCUCCUGGUGGUUCUAUUCGUUGCCUUCAAGGGCGCAUUUGCCUUCACGAUGCGGAUGAAGUCACUCAAGGAAGACCUUCGGGUGCAGGAAGAUAUUAUCCUCACUUGUGAAAGAGAGUUCUCAGAUAUAGAGCUGAAUGCAUGGGUAUCCGGAUUCUGGUACCGGAUUGCGGAUGGGCUCUAUCUUUAGCGGGGAUUGUCAUUCGAGCCUUGGUCUCGAUAUUUCGUUGGAGAUGCUGUUCAACCAUGAUUGGGAAGUGAAUUGGUUGGAUAUUCACGUUUAUGAUCGAUCG